AGGGUGUCCCGGUGUGGUGCUGUGGCCGUGGAUCACGGCAGCCAGCGUGCAGCUGAGGCUGUAGCUGCUGUGGAGAAUCUCCCAACUUGCAUCGUCACUCGCUGGAAGGAACCAGACCAGGUCAGUUGAAAUGGCAGAGAAACGAAAAACAGCAGACAUCAGGUCGUUUUUUAAUGCUCCAGAACGUCAAGCAAAGUCCAGUCACUGGAGCACAGGCAGCCAGAGCCGGUCAGACACAGAGUCUCAGGAGGACGAAGGUGGACCCGCAGAACCUCAGAUCAGCUUUCUGGGUCGGAGCUCGGGAGGGGAAGAGAAGCUGUUGCAUGUUCACCAGAAACCAAAAUAGCUGGUCUUCAGGUUCCACAGGAAGUGAGACGUGUGAAAAUGGCAGAUCUUCAGCGCGGACGUAGAGGAUGAAAGAGGAAGCAACAAAAAGGUCCUCCUCCAUCUCUACUCUUCUAGAGCCUGAUCCAUCAGGCACCACCUCCUCCCCCUCCCCUCGGCUCCUCUCUCCCAUCCUGACAGGGAUCUCCUGGGCUCAGUCGGUUCCUCCUUCACUCUCAAUCCAGAUCUCCACCUCGUCUGUGUCUCUCUGUUCCUGCAGCUGAAGGAAAGAUGCUUCCUCACAGACUUCUGGGUCUGCUGGGACUGCUGGUGCUCUGUGAAGGUCAAGAUGAGACCAGAACAGAGGAGACGUGUGACAACUUCACUGACCUGGACCUGUCUCAUUGCUUCAUGGGAACCAGCCUCUACGUCCGGCUGCUGCUCUACACCCGCUCCAACCUGGAAUGUGGCCGUGAGAUAAAUCACCACCACCCGUCCUCGCAGCCGCUCUUCGACCUCCACCGUCCCACUGCCUUCGUCAUCCACGGGUACCGUCCCACCGGAGCCCCGCCCAUCUGGAUCAACCACGUAGUGCACCUGCUGGCCCAGCAGGAGGACAUGAACAUCAUCGUGGUGGACUGGAACCGAGGAGCAGCCAACUUCAACUACUUCACUGCUGUGAGCUACACGAGGGAGGCGGCUCACAACCUGACGGGGUUCAUCAAGACUAUGCAGGAGGAAGGAGCUUCUCUGAGCUCCAUCCACCUCAUCGGUGUCAGUCUGGGAGCUCACCUGGCGGGGUUUGUGGGGGCAAACCUGAAGGGGAAGAUCGGCCGCAUCACAGGUUUGGAUCCAGCCGGGCCGAUGUUCACCAGCGCCACACCGGAGGACAGGCUGGACCCCUCCGACGCCAUGUUUGUGGACGUUCUUCACACCGACAUGAACUCAUUUGGACUCAGAGGAGCUCACGGUCACGUUGAUUUCUACGCCAACGGUGGAGCCGACCAGCCGGGAUGUCCCAAAACCAUCUUUGCAGGUAAAUCCUACUUCGUGUGUGACCACCAGCGCUCCGUGUUCCUGUUCUUGUGCUCUCUGAACCAAACCUGCCAGCUGACCGGCUAUCCGUGCUCCUCCUACGGACGCUUCCUGGAUGGACAGUGUCUGCAGUGUGAGGCCUUCAAACCCGCUUCCUGUCCCGUACUCGGACACAACAUGAGCCAGUGGAGAGACGCUCUGGUACGACUGGGACAGACCAAGGUCUUCUUCAGCACCACGUCCUCUCUGCCCUACAGGAAGCUGAUCUACAGGGUGGACAUGGUGACGUGGAACCAGUACCUGCGCUGGGGGGUGGUCUACAUCCGGCUGCACAGCGGCAGGAACUCUACCGAGGCCCGGAUCGACCACAGGCACCUGCGGCUGGAGCAGUACACCUCCAGCCGGCUGUUGGCCCAGUUUGAUGAAGACCUGCAGCACAUCCAGAAGAUCUCCAUGCGGAUUAGCACCGGGAACAUCAUCGGCCCUCGUUACAAGAUCCGCCUGCUGAGGAUCCGCUUCACGCCGCUGGAGCAUCCAGACAGACCUCUGAUGUGCCGUUUUGACCUCAUCAUGGAGGAGAACAUGGAGGUGGCCUUCAGACCUCUGGCCUGCGACUCUGGUCUCUGACUCUGCAGAAACCUCAGACCCAGUCGGGCUCCUCCAGGAUCUCCGGCCUCCUCACCCUCACACGGACCCCCAGCAGCUUCAUCGCUCCUGGUGAGCCGCUGCUGCCGUGGGUCACUCGGGUCAUCAGAACCAGGAACUGGAACGUUGGAAACAAACGUUUAAAGCAACGCUGCAGAAGAGAUUUGGUUGAUUGGUGGACGUUUUCGGCUCAUCGAUCUCGAUGAUGGGUCAGGAUAAAAGUUCUGUUCGAUAGAAUCACUGGAAACCAUUUUCACAUUAAUGAGCAUAAAGCUGCAUCUCAAUUCCUGCAGGCUGUGAAAACGUCUUGAGUCACGGCUCAGUUAUUAUGGAGCAGUUCUCCAAACUUCUGGAGCUCUUUGGAGUUCAGCUGAUUUUUUUACUCUGUUAAAGAGGAGAGAACGUAUUUUAAUAACCUUUAUUACAUCGUAUUUUCUUUGUGAUUUACAGUUUGUUCACAUUGUUUUCAUUUUGAAAUCACUCAAAAUAACUUAAACUUUCAGCAAAAUCAUUAAAAAGCAGGAAUUUUAUAAUCAUUUUAAUUUAAAAGCAGUGAUUUUAAACCUUUGUUUCAGUUUGCUGCAGAAAGAAACGCCUAAAAUGCAGCUUUUCUGUGCCUUUAAGCAGUUUUAACGUUUUUAGGGUUAGGGUGCAAACUCUGUGGUAAACACAUAACUCACACCCAUCAGAGGAGAGGAGGAAGAAGGUUAUUGAGUCAGAAUCGGAUGCAUGAAUCUUAAAAUGCUUCAUGUUUUUAUGUAAAGUUGCUCAACGAGGAGACGCCGUUAUGUGGACACAACUGAAGACUUCUCUUCCGUGUCGUUUAAGGAAAAAAAACUGUAAACAUUUUGUUUUUUAUUGAAUAUUUUUAGAAUAUGUCACAUAAAUAAUUUUAAACUCAAUGUGAAACUAUAAAUGUCUCUGAUGUGAAAUUAUUUCAACAUUUUAAAGGAUAAAUGCUCUUUUUCUGUGACAUAAAAGAUUCACAUUUUCACACCAUCAGAAAGCAAAAACCUGAUCAGGAUAACAAAGUAGAAACGACAUUUAGAGUUUUUACUCUUGCAUCUGGUUCUAGGUGAGAGAAACCAACUUCAGAGGAAUGUUUUGAAGUUAUUAAAUGUUACUUGGUUUCAGUUUUGCCCUUUAAACCGUGUAUUUAUAAUAUUUCAUUAUAAUAAAAAAUGUCAUUCGUCUGAUUUAACAAGUCGAACAUCCAAUUAAAUCAGCUGUUGUAAUCAAACAUUCACUCAGUUUUUAUGUAGCUUUUUCACCAAAUUUUUAUAUUGCGUUUAGUUUUUAUUGUUCUUGUUUUUUGUAGUUUAUACAUUUAUUUUGAAAUCCCAAAACAUGAAUGCUUUUCCUGAUUAAAACAAAAUAUGGACCUUUUA